AUGCUUCAGUACAGCAGCAGACCGCACACUCCAGGCACUCGCCGAAGACGAACGAGGAGCUCAUGCGCAGAUUCAGGCUUGUUCCCAUCACCGUCUCCGUCGCCUUCACCUUCACCGUCAACACCGCCAGACAGCUCGUACCGGCCAGACUCGUUCCCCAUGGCCGUGCAAAAUUGCGAAGCCUUGUUAGGCAUAGCCAUCCACAAUUUGUCAUCCACUCCUGACUUUCUCCAGGACUCUACUGGUGCCAUGCAGAUGCAGGCAUCCUCUCCAUGCCCAUCGUCUCAGCCUUUCGAAAUAGGCCUCUCUCUUCGGGGGGUUACUACUCCCUCCUCCCCAAACUCCUCAACCUCAUCCACCUCUCUCGGCCAUCACUCCGACGCCGCUGAGGCAUAUAAGCCUUUCGUCUGCCAGGUGUCGCCUCCCACGCCCUUGUCCGACUUCAUGCACGAGUCUCAGCCCAUUUCUGUACUAGAUUAUCCCAACAUGUUCGUCCCCGACUACAACGUUGACGGUGCUUCUGCUUUCGAUUCUCUUCAAUUCAGCAACGUAGACACCCCAGUCACUGUUAGCACAGCGUCAUUAUCAAUGUCUCCACCACUUGGCAAUAUACCAUCCCGUCCAUCUAGUGUUUCGGACUCCUUUGGCAUCUACGAUCAACCACAGCAUCACCACCAGCAGCAUCCCUCUUCAACUAUGCAGUUCAGCCGAGAUCAAUGGAACAUGGCUCUCCCCAUUCCACGCUCGACUGUAUACCCGGAUCAACAGAAGCUGAACAGGGCCAUGCCAGAUCACUGUCCCGGAAGCAACAGGCAGUCCAUGUCGUCUGCACAUGGUUACUCAGACCUCUCGAAACCACUAGACAUGCACCUCCAAAAUCUCGAUGGCUCAAUACCCACCUCCCAGGCCCAGUAUGGCCUCUCCGCAACCUCAUACCCACAAGCACCUUAUUAUACACCUGUCCCUUCACUACCAACCACCCCUCCAUCAACAAGCUCUCCAACUUUCUCGUGCCCUCAUGCGCAGGCACCUUCCCACUCCCACCACCGAACACCGUCCUCCAGCUCGCCGUCUCCAACAGCUCUAAGCGAAGCUGACCUUCGCUCCAAACCUCAAUGCUGGGACCAUGGAUGCAACGGGCGAUCGUUUUCAACUUUCAGCAACCUGCUACGCCAUCAGAGAGAAAAGGCUGGUCUUUCCGUUAAAGCCGAAUGCCCGUACUGUGGAGCCGCCUUCACUAGGUCGACCGCACGCAACGGACACCUUGAGCGAGGCCGAUGCAAAGCCAUGAGAGAGGAAUGA